AAGAAGUACGCUGUACAAUUUCUCGGAGUUGUAGAUUUGAAUUUGAGGCGUUGUUAAGACGGGCGCAACGUGCUUCGGAUUCGCUGCUAGCUGAGUGACGUAAAAACACAAGCAAAUCAGCAGUCAGUUAAUUAAGUCCGUCGCGCCCAAAGGACGCCUUUAUAAAAGCGCAACGCUAACAACCUGGAUUAUUUUAUAAAAGAGAACUGAAGAUUGUUUAUUAAGAUGUCUGGAAGAGGAAAGACUGGUGGCAAAGCACGCGCCAAGGCUAAAACUCGGUCUUCCCGAGCUGGUUUACAAUUCCCAGUCGGCCGUGUUCAUAGGCUCUUGAGGAAAGGCAAUUAUGCCGAGCGUGUUGGCGCUGGUGCUCCCGUUUACUUAGCUGCCGUCCUCGAAUAUCUGACCGCUGAAAUUCUUGAGUUGGCCGGAAAUGCUGCCCGUGACAACAAGAAAACCAGAAUCAUUCCUCGCCACUUGCAACUAGCCGUGCGUAACGAUGAAGAGCUCAAUAAAUUGCUGGGUGGUGUGACCAUCGCCCAGGGUGGUGUGCUGCCUAACAUUCAGGCUGUGCUUCUGCCCAAGAAGACCGAGAAACCAGCUAAGAGCAAGUAAGAUAUGUUCAUCAACACCAACGGCUCUUUUCAGAGCCACC